AUGGCGGAUUUCCAAGCUCAGAACGCGGGCGACUUUGCUGAUGAGUUCAUCGACGACGUGGAAGACGUUGAUGCUGAGAGUAACCCAUCCAGUGCGGAUGAGCAACUCAUGCCGUCUGCGGAAGCUAGCGAGAGCGAGUCAAAUGGUGGGAUAGAAGGAGGAACUAUGUUUUGGGAGUCCGACUCCGAGUCUUCAACGCACGAGAGCACCUCCUGGGGACCGACGGCCUUUGUCACAGGUCGUGGACCUGCGCCCUAUCGUGAGGAUGAGUACGAUUUCGGUUGGAAAGCUACCCGCCCGCCACCCUGGCGAGUCAGGCGACUAAGCUACCCUGCUGUUGGAUUCGGCGCUGACUCCUUUGGCGAUCAUCCUGAUGGGCCAUGGGCUGCAGAGGAGGAGGCUGAUCCUAAUCCUCAAGACGACGAAGCGUCCGCGGGAUCAUGGAAUCCAGAAGACCAUGAUGGUUCCAACAAUGAGUUGCCUGCGGCGAGUCUCGACGUCUUCACGUACGUGUUGGGGCACGUCGUUCCUGCAGCGGGCGAGCUCCCGCUGGACACUUUCUUUGAACGCGGGGGCCGUGGCGCUGAGUCUAUCGCGUCUCUCACAAGCAUGAUGCAUACGUGCCGCUUGUGGCGGGACACAACGUUGUCGUUGUCAGCAUUGGUAUGGGGUCCUCUGGUUUCGGAAGCUAGGGACGAGGCGGGCUUCUUGAUCGCAAUGGAGCGUGCUCGCGACGCAAAAGUACGCCUGGUGUAUCGAUCGGGCAUCCCUCGUUCACUGUUGGAUGCUCAGCUUGAGCGUGCUAGCGCUGUAUAUGCUGGGCGGGACUUUCAGUGGCGUCACUUCGGGAUUGUUCUGGCCAAGAACGACCUACGACACUUGGAGGUUCUGUAUCUACGUCCCAACACGAGCCGCAUGCCGAACACGGCUCUGCGCAUAUACGGACCUCUAGACAUGCAAUCGCUCCGCAUCUACGUGUCUGCGUGUCCGAUCAUCGUGAAAGCGCCGCAUCUCCAAUACCUUGGCUUACUUUUCCAUACGCUCGAUCAAAUCACGACCGUCCUCGAGAACCUCGCGCUUGCGCCCCUGCAAUGGUUGUGGAUCGAUAAGCCUAGGGAAACGCGCAAGAUAGACUUGACGGCGCUCGUGCGCAUGACAGCCUCGCAGAACCUAAAGUUCUUACGCAUCACGGGGAACGAUACCAUGGCAACUUCUUUGGACGCCACGCAGGACGUUCACGUAUGUGAUUCGCUCGAGAUCUUGGACGUAUCCGGCCCGAUCUGGGUUAGCUCGCUUAGUCUGGACAUCGCCAAGUUCUUCAACGUGUAUGCCGCAGAUCUACGUCGAAUCCUCAGCCAUAACAGCAGCGUGAGCGUUCUUAGUAUCCGCUGGCAUUCUGAAGCGACGCUACAUGUACCUCCGCCGUUCCCUUGGGCCGACGACUUGGAAGGUCGCGUCAUGCUCGAACGGCUUCGCGAUAUGCGUUUUGCCGGGGUCAUCUCUCGGGAAACCGUCGUCUUCUUGGACGGUAUACAUGCGCCCAAUCUCACGGAUUUGCAAGUCUUCUGCGACAUGCCACCGCCUCCCAGACACGACGUGCUGGCCGCUGUUCAUGAUGAUCUGCGAGAUUCACUCCAUGACGCGCAGGUGAACGCCACACCGCCCGCCAGUCUGAGUCAAGCAUUGAGGACGGCGCUAUCGACACUGCAGAGGGACGGGCACAAAGCUCUGGCCAGAUCGGUGCUGGAGACGCCGGGGUUCCCUCACGCUUGGGCAACGGAUGACGAGCCAUUCACGGCUGGUGAGCUGCAGGCUGCAGCUGUGUCAAUUCUGCUGGGAUUGGAGCAGGCGAUGGAAGCUCCGCCCGCUGUACACAACGGCCACCUUCUGCGCGAUGUUGCCUCAGCCGCGCUUAGGGCUGCUGAGGCAGUACACGAAGAACAUGCUGUGCUAUCACUCGUGCGCAGCAGGGAUUCGAUAGACUUUGAAGCCACUACGCGCGAUGGGGCUUGUACGCUGAGGUUCUCGAUGGCUACUACGCGUACAAACGAGUGGGCUAGGUGGGAUGUUAGGGAGAAGGGGGACUCGAUGCUCUACGGAGUUGCACGCAUGCUGCACGGCCUGCAGACUAUUCGACCACGCGCACUGAACGUCCGCGGGGAUCCAUUCCCAUGUAUGUUCGGCGAGGUAUUCGGUUCAACACCCGAUCGUCACGCGCUUCACGAUGCUCUGCGCGAAUACGGGGAAGUCACACAACUCCGGCUUGAAUACGGUUACCGCGAGUACGUUCGUCGCUACGACUUCCUUCUGGCGCUCCACGACGCGACUGUACUGCCGAGCCUGGAGCAUCUGAUUGUUAGAUGCGUAGAGGAAUGGCCGUUGCCAGAGUUCGAGCUCUCCCGGAAGCAAUACUUCAACGAACGGGACAAAGAGGUGGACGAGACACUGGAUGCGUUGUGGGAGAUGUUGAGUUCUCGAGCGAACGCCGGUGGAGGGAUCAAGAAGCUCGAACUAGUGGGCCGGUGUUGCAUAGCAGAGGCGCACGCGUCGAGGCUGAAGUCAGCAUGCAACUCCCUAGUGAUCUCAACAGAUUGCUUGCGACGUGCUGAGCCAUAUGAGUGCACUGUGUGCGGCUGA